GACACGAGUUAUCGGUCUUUAGUGGAAGUACUACGCAGCGCCUCAGGAGCCGAGUGGUUACAGCAACAUGCCAAUUAACCGCGUCUUACCAGCUUCAGUUCAGGCCUUGGGACCUGUGUUGCAUCUUAUCCACUGUCGUUUGUCAAAAUAAAGUUAAAAAUGAGAGUUAGAUGGAAAGAUUGAUGUCAAAAUCAGCAUACCAGCUUCUCUUGAAACGCACAAAUUCAUACAAAAAUGUAAAAACGACAAAAAAAAUUGUCACAUAAUCUCGAGUAAAAAUGUUAAAACAAAUGUUGAACUGUCUCUUUUUUAAGAUCCUGAGAAAAUGAUGCAGGUUUUUCUUGUUCUCACAGGAGCUGGUCGGGGUAAAGACAUGGCCAACAUCACGGGGCACAGAGGAAAGGACAUGUCCACCAUCCUUCAGGAAGCAGAGGAGGGCAAAGAGAACGGCCGGCCGCCUCUGCCUCCGCCUCCAGCCGGCCAGCGCAGGAAAAAACGCCGGCGACUGAACGACCUGGACAGCGACAGCACGGUGGACGAGGAGGAAAGUGAAGAAGAGUUUCGCAUCAGUGAAAGCUCGGAAGAAGAGUUUGUCUUGUCCGAAAACGACACGGAGGGCGACUCGGAGAACAGCAACAGUGACUUGGACAGAAAACGGAAAAAUUCUUCGCAGCGCAGGAAGACGCUGAAACGGAGGCGGAGCUCCAGAAAGCGGCGAAGACCGAGAGGGUACUCGGACGAUGAAGAGGAGGAAACGGACGAGGAGGAUGAAGAUGAAAUAGUGACCGAAGGCUCCAGCGAAUACAGCGACAGCGAUCUGGACAUGAGUCGACGACGGUCUCGGCGGAGUCAGAAGAAGCGGGUGAACUACCAUGAGACGUCCGAGUCCGAAGGCUCUCAGGCAGAAACCAACCAGUCCAAGAUGAAGCCCAGAGGGCGCCAGGACAGCUCCGACAGCGAGGCGAAUUCCUCCAAAGGCUCCGAGGAGGAGUCGAGGGACCGGAGGCUGAAGAGGAGAGCCGACUCCUCGGAGGACGACUCUCGGCAGCGGCGCCGACGACUCGCCCUCAAACGAAGGAGAGCCUCCGAGGACGACCACUCAGACGACGACUCGGACGAAUCGUCGGAGGAGGACCGUCCGGUCCGUAAACGUGUGAACCGCAUCGACUCUGAUGACAGCGAGGAGGAGGAGGAGGAAACGAAGGAGAAGAAAGCAGACGAGGAGUCAAAGGGAACAAACGAAGUGGACUGCAAUCCGGCGGAGCUGCCGCCCACCAACGGACAGAGCCCGAUAAAGAGCCUCGUCAGCCGGCCUGCCACCGCCGUCGUCGCCGCCACACAUCUGGAGCAACCCAAAAACAUCAGCGCCACACUAGCUGUUGCCAUCGCGCCCAACGGUCAGGUCGGCCAGGAGGUGGCGCCGCAGGAGGAAGACGAAGACGACCUGUUAGGAGUAACAGACCUCGUGGAUUACGUCUGCAAUAACGAAGACUUGUAAAAAAAAAAAAAAAAAAAAAAAAUGGUGUACUGUUUCCUUUUUUUGUGGUAUUGUAUUUUUAUAUUGCUUAACUUUAUUAUCCCCCCCCAUCAACACCUCCUUAUCGUCCUUUUUACGUGUGUGAUCUGAUCUGGACCUCGGGUCUCAGCAAAGACCUGGACCACCAGUCUGUCCCUGUGGGAUUGUUCUACAACGAAGGCACCAAACAAUCAACGCUCUUUUGUUUGUUAAGAAUCCGUUCAUCCUCCUCAUCGUCGUCAUCCAGCUCCACUGCCAAACCACCUCCCUCCUCUCGCAUAAUCACGUUUUUUAUUUUUGGAAAAUGGAAUAGUUUAAAGUGUAGGAAGUGGUUAAAGAAGAAGCCUAUUUGAAUGCCAAACGACUAUUUUAAAGAUAUUUUAAAAAUAAGUCAUUCCAUAAAUGAUUUAAAGUUCGGGGCAUCUAUUUGAAGAACAACCUUGGUGGUACGUUUUAUCCCUUAAAAGAAUAGUUUUACAUUUUGGGAAAAGUGAUCAUUUACUUGACUCCAGGCAGCAGCCAGUUAGCUUAGCUUAGCUACAAGGGGGCUUCUUUCUACUGGUCAAACAGGACCAGAGAACCAGGUUGUUUGCUCCUAGCUAUCGUGACUAUGCUAUGCUAACAGUAGCUAGCUAUGUCCAACAUGUAUAAAAACAGGAAUGUGCUGUAUUUUAAGCAAUUUUUAUUUUGUCACUCAUUUUUACACAGCAGAUGAGAUAUGUGUUAAUCAAAGAGCUUUCGAGGUGACAGUCGGUGCGUUUUGUUACCUUUUGAGCAAACCGAGGCUAGCUGUCGUCGUCUCUCUCCCCCCCCCCCCCCCCCCCCCCGUUUCCAGUCUUUGUGCUAAGCUAAGCUACCCCGACUGCAAGCCAGAGCCUAAUAUUUAACGCUCGGAUAAUUUUUAAUACAUGAAAGCGGUAUCUAACUCAAAAUGUCCAACUAUUGCAUCAAGCUAUUCUGUUAUUCUGUGACUUUAAACAUCAUGUGUGAAAGCUUUAGAUGACUCUUUGUUCUUGUCGAAUAACUUUCUAGACUAAGAACUAGUCGACCAGCCUUCUUUUGUCAGCCCCCCCCAUGUUUCGUUGACUGAUAGAGUAGCUUUUGUAUAUUGUAUACAUAUAUAAUUAUUUUAACUAUGUGCGCUGCCAUCAGUAUCAGUGGUGAACCCUCUGUUGAGUUUGUUUGGGUUAACAAACGCUCCUAAUCUUGAGCUCUAGUCUAGUUUCCAGUUAUUACGUUUAUGUUAACUUUUGUGAUUUUUAUUUUUUAAUAUUGUAUUAUUUUUUUUGUAUAUCUCAAAUGUAAAGUGUCUUAUUUUUUAUUUGUACUUUCCUUCAUAGAAGGGUUCAAAAACCUGCAAAACCGCUUUUAUUAACUAAGUUAACACUAAGCUCCAAAAACACUUUUCUCUUUGUCUCCCCCCCCUCCCCCUUUUCCCCCCUGGGAUCUUCCCGUGUUUCUAUUCACGUUCUCUAUUUUCAUAAUCUUGAGUUAACUUUGGGUCCGGUUGCAGUAAACCAACAACUUUUUAAGACCUCAAAUCAAGAUUGUGCAAAAUAACCAAUUUAGUGGAAUAACUUGUUUUUAAAGCGAUAGUGCGGAUGCAGUUUUUUGAAUGAGGGAAAAAUGGACGGAAAACAAACAAACCAAUGACUUCACUGACCUCUGCUGGAACCAGUCUGUGUGUAUAUCUGUAGUUUUUUGGCUGUAAUAUAUUUAGAGGCAUUUUUUUAAUCUUGGGGAAAAAAUAUAUAUUGGGCAAUUCUUUUAGGAUUGCAUGAGUUUUUAAUAGUUUUCUUUUGUAGGGGAAGUAAUAUUGGCACAACUGUUGUUUUUUUGUAACAAAAACCAGAAAACUUCGGCAUGUUUUUAAGGAUCUCCUGAUUGCGUUAGAGCUGAAGGACUUGAGACGUAGACACCGCAGAAUCUCAUCGUUUUGCAGUGAAACUGCAUCGGUAAGCAUGCACUGACCUACUAAAGGCAUGUUACAGAAGCUCGGGGGGGAAGAGAGGGAGAGAGAGAGGAUUAUCUGAGGAAAUAAUCUAGGACAGCUGAAUCUGAUUCAAGCGAGGAAAUCAAGCCUGUUUGUAAAAUAUUUUGUAAAUUAGUCUCAGCAUGGUCUUCACAGAGGAAAUAAACCACUAUUUAUCAUACCGUUAUAAAAACCCGGCGACGGCCAAGACUUCCACGUCAGAAAAACCUAUAUGUGCUGCUUUGCAGUGCACACAACUUUGGCUUCUACACACACACACACACACACAUAUUUAGCUUUUAGAUUAGCUGGACAGAAUAUAGAAGAAAAACCCAAUUCUACAAAUGUAAUAUUAGAGGUAUGUGUUCUGGUGGGUUGAGUCGAGAGUAAAGGAACGUGGGUGUCCGUGUGCUGUAUGUAACCCUGUUUUAAAUUCUCCACAGACGAGAAAACGUAUUCUGUAUCUCACGGUUAUGAAAUAACCUGUAGCGAGACCUGCGUAGAAGAGAGGAGCGAGAUAAAUAAAAGGCUGCGAUGGGAUUAAAGGAGGAAGUCGGUGCCAAUGACUGAAGUGUUAAGUUUCCUAUUUACCUCAUGACGAAUCUGGGAGGAAAGACACGCUGUCCACCGUGUAUAGAUGCUAGUAGACUGGUUGUUGGUGUUUUGUCUGCUCCUUACAUUUUUUGUUAACUUUACUGUUAUUUCAUAUGAAUCUGAUCUUGUACAUUUGUCAUAAUAAAAUGGGUUUCAAGCCUCA